AGGCUGCUCUGGAGCUGGGCGUCCUCCUCCGGGGCUGGCGCUGCUGCUGCUGCUGCUGCCAGUGGGAAGAUGGCGACGGAGGGAACCAGCGGCCAGCCCGGCUCCAGCGCCAGGGGAGAGCCCUCGGAGGCGAAAAGAGAGUUUGAUGUGGACAACCUCAGCAAAGCAGAACUGAGGAUGCUUCUGAGUGUUCUAGAAGGGGAACUGGAAGCACGAGAUCUUGUGAUUGAAGCUUUAAGGGCACAGAGGAAGGAGGUUUUCAUCCAGGAACGAUAUGGGAGAUUUAAUCUUAGUGACCCAUUUCUGGCGUUGCAGAGAGACUAUGAGACAGGUGCUGGUGAUAAAGACAAGAAAUCCAUCUGUACCAACCCACUCUCUAUUUUAGAAGCUGUUAUGGCUCACUGCAGAAAAAUGCAAGAGAGAAUGGGAGCUCAGUUGAUUGCAGCAGAAAACAGACAAAAGAAGUUGGAAAUGGAGAAAUCUCAAUUAGAAGCACUUGAAAUGGAGCACAAGAAACUCUGUACUCGCCUUGAGGAGGAGCGUGGCAAGAAUAAACAUGUUGUAUUGAUGCUAGUGAAAGAAUGUAAACAGCUAUCCAACAGAAUUGUAGAAGAGGCCCAGAAGUUGGACGAUGUCAUGGCAAAGUUUGAAGAGGAAAGGAAAAAAGCCAGUGAACUGGAGGAAUCUCUUGCACUGGAGAAGCAACGGAGCACACAAAUGGAGGCCCAGAUGGAGAAGCAGCUUUCAGAGUUUGACACAGAAAGAGAGCAACUACAUGCCAGACUGAGCAGAGAGGAAGCGCACACCAGUGAUCUCAAAGAAGAGAGGGAGAGAAUGAGGAAAAUGAUUGAGCAGCUGAAAAAGGAAAAUGAGGGUAAGCCACACCUUUCCCUCACACGACGGAACAAAGAAAGAGUUUCUGCUUCUGUCUCUAUUGGGACAGAGGGACCAGCUUUGAGAACACUUGCUUGCCAGACAGAUGCAACAUUAAUAGAUGUUGGAACUGAAACUGUUAGGAAGUUGCCUUUAACUGUACCUCUAAAGCCUUCAGCCAUCAGUCCUUCACUCUCUGGCCAUGCAAAGAUGAAUGUAAGCUCCAAUGCAGGAUUUGUAAAGCCAACCAUUGACAGGCAUUCUUCAUGUAGUGACCUGCUUCUGUCUCCUUCCACUGCCCUUCUGAUUCAAGGUCAAAGCAGAAUUGAGGAGAAUGGACCAAGUACGUCACCUGACUUCACAGGCCUGUCUUCGCCCUUUCCAAACAACUCUGCAUCUUCACCAGCGCCCAGCAUAACACCUCAGAACUACUUGCAAGCUUCAUCUAUGCACUCGCCACAUUCUCCAUCUGCCAGUGCUACCGGGCAUCAAGGUCUGAAUCCACGUGUCCAGGCAGCUAGGUUUAGGUUUCAGACCAAUGCUAACGAUCAAGACCAAAAUGGAAACACUACCCAAAGCCCUCCGUCGAGAGAUGUGUCACCCACAAGUCGAGACAAUCUAGUGGCCAAGCAGCUAGCGCGGAAUACUGUCACCCAGGUCCUUUCAAGAUUUACAAGUCCUCAGGGCACUGCACCUGGACGGCCAGGAAUAUCACAUUCAAUAGACACUGGCACUUAUCCUCCCCCAGUUGGUAGAAUGGGUUUAAAGACGCCCAGUGUGUCAAGGAUUGAUAGAGGAAACCCUCCACCCAUUCCUCCCAAAAAACCAGGCCUUUCACAAACUCCUUCUCCACCGCACCCCCAGCUUAAAGUAAUUAUGGAUAGUGGUCGCUCCCCUAAUGUAGGUGCCAAAACUGAGGGCAAAACCCUAGUUUCACCUCCUUCCAGUUCACCUCAAGGAAUCAGGGUUAUAAAUGAGGAGGUUAUUUCUAAGUCCUCACCUCAGCUGCCACCAAAACCAACAAUAGAUAUAUCUGUGGCAUCUGCAGGCUGUGCCAUACCAGCCAUGGCCACAUCUCAGGUGGGUGCCUGGCCUUCCCAAUCCCCUGGACUGAGCCAACCUGCAUGUUCAGAAAGUUCCUUUGUCAUUCCCACAACCAUUGCCUGUAGCUCCUCCAUAAACCCUAAUAGUGCUUCAUCCUGUAGACCAUGUGAAUCAGACAGCCUACUGGUAACAGCAUCAGGCUGGUCUCCCUCCCUAACCCCUUUAUUAAUGAGUGGUGGUCCUGCCCCCCUGGGUGGCAGGCCCACCCUUCUUCACCAAGCUGCUGCCCAGGGAAAUGUCACUUUAUUGUCAAUGCUGCUUAAUGAAGAAGGUCUGGACAUUAACGAAUCCUGUGAAGAUGGCUAUUCUGCCUUGUAUUCUGCUGCUAUGAAUGGACAUACAGAUUGUGUAAGAUUGCUGCUGACUUCAAAAGCACAAGUUGAUCCUGUUGAUAAAAAUGGCUUUACACCCUUGUGUUCAGCAGUUGCUCAGGGACACUGCAAAUGUGCAGAAUUAUUAAUCAUGUAUCAUGCUGACGUUAAUCAUGCUGCUGAAAGGAGAGAGACACCUCUCCACUUGGCCUGUGGAAAUGGAAAUAAUGAAUGUGUCAAACUCUUGCUGGAAGCUGGAGCAGACAGAAGUGCAAAAACCUGUGAUGGUUGGACACCAUUUCAUGCUGCUGUAGAUGCUGAUAAUGUUGACUGCCUAAGAUAUCUUAUGUACUAUGAAAAACCAGAAGAUGGAAAUAUCAUGAGUGAUGGAGAUACUAAUUCUUGCAUCUUUGACAUGGAAUGUGAUGGAGACAGCUUUAGCCAUAAAGCAACAUCCAUUGUUUCUGGAGAUCUCAUCAACCAUGCUGACAAAGAUGGCUGGACUGCAGCCCAUAUAGCUGCAUCAAAAGGCUUUAAGAGCUGCCUAGAAGUCUUGUGUAGCCAUGGGGGAUUGGAGGCCGACAGGAAAGAGAAAUGCGAUCGAACAGUGCAUGAUGUUGCUACUGAUGACUGCAAACAUCUUCUAGAGAAUCUGAAUGCUCUCAAAAUGCCAUUACGGAUUGCAGUUAGCCAGGUAGAACCAGCCUACUGUGCAACAGAGGAUCACGAAAUGGAAAAUACCAUAUGUGUGUUAAACAUUCGCAAGCAGACAGCCUGGGAUGAUUUUUCAAAAGCAGUGAGUCAGGCGGUGACAAACCAUUUCCAAGCAAUCAGCUCUGAUGAAUGGAGAAGCCUAGAAGACCUGACACUUAAUAACACCACAGAAUCUAGCAUCGGCCUCACUGCAAGCAGUAUAUUAUCCAUCAAACUUGGCAAUAUUUCAUGGUUAGUAGGUCAGACGUUUCCCCACUUACCAUGGGAAUUUUUGAAAAGGAACCACGUGGAACAUAUAGUGAUAUAUUUGCUUGGUCCCACAGAAGGUUGUCUGCACAGUGUGAGUUAUGCAUCUACAAUCCGUCUUCAGACAUUGCAGAAUUACCUCAGGCUGGUGGAACAGUACCGAAAUAUCAUCUUCCAUGGUCCAGAAGGAAGUUUGCAGGAUUAUAUGGCAGAUCAGAUAGCCCUAUGUAUGAAGCACAAGCAAAUGGCUGCAGGAUUCUGCUGUGAAAUCGUUAAAGUGAAGAUAGAUGCUGAUUUCUCCAAGGAGCAGCUUGCAGAAUUAUUCAUCAGUACUGCUUGCUUGAUUCCUGUGAAACAGCCCUCUGUAAGCAAGAGAAUCAUCGUAAUUUUAGAAAAUUUGGAAAAAGCUGCAUUGUCAGAGCUACUGGAAGAGUUUCUUCAACCUCUUGAAAAUCGUGGGUCUGAUACUCCCUGCACUAUUAAAAAAGCCAAUGGUGUAUCUGAUGCUUAUUACUUUCAUGAGAACUGCUUUCUUUUGGGGACCAUUGCAAAAUCUCGGCUUCAAGGCUCUGACCUGAUGGUUCAGCAACAUUUCCUCUGGGUUCAGCUAAGAUGGGAUGGAGAACCAAUCCAUGGCCUUAUCCAAAGAUUCUUACGAAGGAAGGUGUUAAGUAAGUUCAAAGGGAAAAUGCCUCCUCCUUGUGAUCCAGUGUGCAAGAUGGUGGAAUGGAUUCUUGCAGUCUGGCACCAACUGAAUUCAUGCUUGUCACGGCUUGGUGCACCUGAAGCACUUGUGGGACCAAAUCAUUUUCUGUCUUGUCCAGUGGUACCUGGCCACAGCCAUGCAACUGUGAACCCUCCUUCCAGGUAGAUGAUGGACAAGAUGGAAAAGCGGGGCUGGGUAAACAUAAAAAAACCUGUACAAAGAAGUUUAUUUGUGAGAGGCUUUGAUAACCAAGGUAUGCUUGUAUAUCCCAAUAAUCCAUAUUAACCCAGUUUAUUUGGCUAUAUAGAAACUUUUAAAUCUGAUCUCCAGUAUUUCAUUUUUGAACCAACAGAAAUAAUAAACAGACAUUGCAGGAUUCCUGAGAAAUAGAAAUGAAUAAUGUUUUCAUCAGGUUUAGGUAGGUCAGGUGAAGAGAGGUUACUUAGUUAAAUGUACUUAACUAUAGGUGAAGUGUUAUGUAUACCUAUAUCUAGCAUGUUAUGGAAGGAUUGUAAUAAUCAAUCCUUGCACUCCUCAAGAAAGAGUCUCUGUCAAGUGUGAGCACACAUAAAGGAUCUGGGGCCCCCAGAAAAAUGCAUGCCCUCUUUUUCGGGGAGGGGGGGGGCAUGGACUGGCCCCAGGCAUUUUUUCACAGCAGAAAUGAUUAGAUGUUAAUAUGUGGUUUGGCAGAAGGAAAGAUUGUGUCCAAAAAGAUUUGAGUGAGGGACCUUAAAACAGAGAAUGACAGAUCCUCCCUCCCCUGAGCUUCGACUUUAACUUUUAACACAGACAUAAUCAGGAAUGGAUUUGUGGUGGCUCUGGGAGCCUUGGUGAGCCACUCUCUCUAUACAGUCGGAAGACACGUUUCUCCUUCCAUAGGGUAAUUUCUGUACUUCCCUCGAACAAAGAUGUAAAUGGUUGGCUUAGGUUCCCAUCUCAAAAUCUGAUCUCAAAAUCUGAUCAUAUUCUCAAAAUUUAGAAUUCAUAGCACUGAGGUGGGGACACCCUCAAGGUUUCCAAACUCCUCCCCCCAACACAAACAUCACCUCCCAAGUGCCAUAAAAUGAAUAGAUUCACCUCACCAACAGCACAUUGUUUCUGGGUUUUGGUCAAUUUAUCUCUUUGGCCAGCAAAAAUUAGCUCCAGGCUCCAACACAGUUGCCCACCCCUGGCCUGGGGACCUUAAUAAGAUAAAUUUACAUAUUUUUCACAGUAUAAGGCACCCAUGUUGAGAAACCCUGGUAGACACAAUGAUCUUCUCCACAUAUCAUUUACUUGGAGGGAGCGAAUUGCUCCAUGCUCUCAACUUCAGUAUUAAAAUUUGGAAUCGGAAGACAGCAUUUCCGGAAGACAGCCUUUCUUGUUUUGCCAUAUUAUUGAAACUACUGUUAUGAAGUUUACUGCCAUUUUCAGUUUUCAUUAAGGUUUUCUUUGUUAGGUUGGCUUUACUUCUGUUAUGGUUUCAGUUCAGUAUCAUAUUGGUUACCUUUGAGAUGUAUACAUAAAAUGAAAUGCAUACAUGAAGAAAUGCAUAUUAAAAUGUGCAGAGUGCAUGAUCCACACCAUUCAGUGGAACAGGAAAUCUAUUUAUAGAAGAGCCAUCUGUUCAUGGAAUUGCAUAGCUUUUGAUAUUAGAGACAUAGAAAACUGCCUUAUACCAGGUCCAUUUAGUCCAGUGUUUUCUAUUCUGACUUACAGGAGAUCAGCAGAAAUCUUUCCCAUCACUUACUAUGUGGUUCUUCUAAGGGGAUAUGUUGUGGAUUGAACCUGUGGAUUGAUCCUGGGGACUUUGGGGUGCAAGCAUGUUCUUCUCCCAUCCCCACCCCCUGCAAUGAUGGGGACAUUGUCUCCUGUAUCAUUCACUGAAUAUGUAAUUACUCCAGGGUUGUUCAUUCUGCUUUUCAGGAAUCAUGAAAAUCUGUGUGAUUUGCAAUUAUACUGAUUUAUUUUUCUUUGCUGGAUUUAUAAUUAUGGUCUUUAAAUUCUGAGUAGGUGCAAGUUAUGGUACCAAAUUCAACAUACUGAAAACCUCAACCUUUUGUUGUUGUUGGGGUGGUGGUGUUUUUCAAACAUGUUGCUAGCCCUGCUAGCUAUAGAGGUACCUCAUUGUGUAUGCAUGAUAUCUGGCAGUCUUGUUAAAUUGUUAGUGGUUAAGAGCAGAACUUAAGCAGAAUUUAGGACCUGUUUAUCACUAUCCAUGACUAGCACUCACUUUAGCUCACUUCAGCAGUUAGCUUGCUAGACCUGAAUGUUGAAAUGCCAUUUCAUCUGUUUUCUUUUUUCGAUGGUUCUCAGCAGAUUUUUCUCCCCAGUCUCUAGCCUCAGUCCCUAAAAGUGGGAGCAGUGAUUAAUAUGCUUUGGAAUGAUUAAUAUGAAGAUGAGAAAUCAUCUUGCUUUUUGAACUCAGCAUGGUAUGAAAUAAAAUAAAAUAAUGUGAUCUGAGACAAUCAGAAAACAUGAAUACUUCUCUUUAAAUAUUUAUUUAUUUGAUAAAUAAAACAUGAGUGAGUGCACUAAAUAUAAACUAUCAGCAAAACGGCAGUACAUGUGUCUCUCAAAAAUGUCCACAAAAUUGACAUAGUAAAUCAACAUACUGUAUAUACAUUUUUUAAAAACCAUCUAGUCCAGUGGUUCUCAACCUUCCUAAUGCUGCGACCCUUU